AUGAGAGAUCUAAGUAAAAGUACAUUAGAAAGUAGAUUAGACACAAUUUCGAAAAGGUCAAUAGAAAUACAACGUAUCACACGUGAAAGUGAUGAAAAUUGUAUAAAUGAGUUACGUAUGGACAAAUAUGCGUUGGCACGUUUUUGUGAAUUAAUACAAACUCGUGGUGGAUUAUUAAACGAUGGUUUAGCAACCAAUGAGGAGCGAGGGGAAACAGUAAGUCGUUAUGUUCAUCGAGUUUUGGAUGCUUUGAUGCAUUUGCAAGAGAUAUUGUUUGUUAACCCAAUGCCUGAUGCAAAUGAUUGUACAAACAACCGAUGGAAAUGGUUCCAGGGUUGUUUAGGAGCAAUUGAUGGAACGACACACAUGGCUCUUGAUCCGGAGGAAAACACGUCUAGAACUUUUGAAGAUAUGCCUAUCGGGGAAGAACAACCAAAUCAUUUUCAAAUUGUGGAUGUUGUUGAAUCAAGUAAUGAAUGGACUCAAUGGAGAGAUGAUUUAGCACAAUAA